UCCUGCAUCCCGAAUUCUGCUGACAUUGGAGCAAACGCGCAUUGUUUUCCUCCCCCGCCCCCGCCACCCCAAACGUUAUCGUUUAACCAAAUUGCAAUCAACUGCUAAAAAUACUUCAACUGCGCUUCAAUAAACUGCAGUCGGUUCUGAACAGGCUAUGGCAGGCAUGGCAGACCCCAAGUCUGUUUGCGUUUCCGUUGACGAGGUGGUCUCGAACGGGGUGGCUGCCGGGCAGGAUCCCCUCUUCCAGGCACACUUGAAGAAAGUGGAGAACAAGGUGAUGGAGCCCCACCGCUUCUCCUACCUGCCCAAGCGACUUGCCGUCACCAUUGAGUUCAAGGACCUGUCCUACUCGGUCUCCGAGGGUCCGUGGUGGAGGAAAAAAGGUUACAAGACUUUACUGAAGGGCAUCUCGGGCAAGUUUAGCUGUGGAGAGCUUAUUGCUAUCAUGGGUCCCUCGGGGGCUGGGAAGUCGACGCUCAUGAAUAUUCUGGCUGGAUACAGAGAGACAGGAAUGAAAGGACAGGUCCUGAUUAAUGGACGGCCUCGAGAUCUGCGAUCCUUCCGCAAAGUGUCCUGUUACAUCAUGCAGGAUGACAUGUUGCUCCCCCAUCUCACUGUUCAGGAAGCAAUGAUGGUCUCAGCAAACCUAAAACUCCAGGAGAAAGACGAAGGCCGGAGAGAAAUGGUGAAGGAGAUUCUCACUGCUCUUGGACUGCUGGAGUGUGCCAAUAUUCGGACAGGUAGUCUUUCCGGAGGCCAGCGCAAGCGUCUCGCCAUCGCCCUUGAGCUGGUGAACAACCCUCCGGUGAUGUUUUUUGAUGAGCCCACCAGUGGCCUGGACAGUUCCUCAUGUUUCCAGGUUCUUUCCCAGAUGAAAUCGCUGGCCCAGGGUGGGAGGACCGUAAUCUGUACCAUUCACCAGCCCAGCGCUAAACUCUUCGAGCUGUUUGACAAGCUGUACGUCCUGAGCCAGGGGCAGUGCAUUUACCGUGGAAAUGUCUGCAGUCUCGUUCCAUAUCUCAAAGCGAUUGGCCUCCACUGUCCCACCUACCACAACCCUGCCGACUUCGUGAUGGAGAUUGCAUCUGGCGAGCAUGGAGAUCAGAACCCCAGACUGGUGAAAGCCGUGCAGGAUGGGCUGUGCGAUGGUGACAGCAAGGCUCGAGGAAGCGAAGAUAAGGAGCUGAACCACAUACUCUGGCACCGGCCGUCCAUUGAGGAUCCUUCGCCAUCGGAAGGCUGCCACAGUUUCUCAGCUAGUUGCCUGACUCAGUUCUGUAUUCUCUUCAAAAGAACCUUCCUCAGUAUCAUGAGAGACUCGGUCCUGACUCACCUGCGCAUCACCUCACACAUUGGGAUCGGCCUGCUGAUUGGUUUGCUCUACCUGGGCAUCGGCAACGAGGCCAAGAAAGUGCUGAGCAAUUCCGGCUUCCUCUUCUUCUCCAUGCUCUUCCUGAUGUUCGCAGCGCUGAUGCCGACGGUUCUCACCUUUCCUCUGGAGAUGGGAGUGUUUCUCCGGGAGCAUCUGAACUACUGGUACAGCCUAAAGGCCUACUAUAUGGCAAAGACAAUGGCCGAUGUUCCUUUCCAGGUGAUGUUCCCCGUGGCCUACUGCAGUAUCGUGUACUGGAUGACCUCUCAGCCCUGCGACGCUCUCCGCUUUAUUCUCUUCGCUGCUCUGGGGACGAUGACGUCACUGGUGGCCCAAUCCCUGGGCCUCCUGAUCGGAGCAGCAUCCACAUCCCUUCAGGUGGCCACGUUUGUGGGUCCAGUUACUGCCAUCCCAGUACUGCUGUUCUCUGGAUUCUUUGUCAGCUUUGACACCAUCCCCAAAUACCUCCAGUGGAUGUCAUACAUAUCUUACGUCAGAUACGGCUUUGAGGGUGUCAUCCUAUCCAUCUAUGGUCUAGAUCGUGAGGACCUUCACUGCGAGAAGGAUGAGACCUGCCACUUCCAGAAGUCAGAGGCCAUCUUGAAAGAGCUCGACGUGGAAAACGCCAAGCUCUACCUUGAUUUUAUCGUCCUGGGAAUCUUCUUUGUCUCCCUCCGCCUCAUUGCCUACUUUGUGUUACGGUAUAAGAUCCGGGCUGAGAGAUAAAGCCUGGCCACACAGUUGGUCAGCAAUGGUAGGCAGUUCUGUCCGUCUCACUGCCGUGACAUUGGAUCUCAGGCACGCUUUGCCAUGGGAGUAAAAAGGUAAAAUCUCUGGUGCUGAGCUCCGAGUGUGGGAUCUGGCAACUUGGUCAAAAAAAUUCACCUGGCUGGCAAAGCUUCCCCGUCCAAAUGUUUUGAUGUCUUCAUCACAAGUCAGUUUUCCCCUCUGAAUGGGACAACCAUGCCACACAGACGUGUCUCACAGUGUCAGUAGAUAGACAGAGCAAACUUACCACUGUUACUGUGUAUUCAGAGGAAGGAUGGGGGUAUUCAGGAGGAAGGCUGCUGGCAGCUUUGAGAUUGGGUUGGAUGGACAGGUGAUGGGAAAGAGAGGAUAUUGGAGUCACAUUUCAUUCCAGAAUUUCUGCCUCACUGUAACAGCAGCAAGUUACAGUUCCAUUUUGAAUGUGUUUUAACAAAGGAGACAGCUGACACUGGAAACUAGAGCAACAAACUAGUAGCUGGAGGAACUCAGCAGAUCAGGCACCAUCUGUGGGAGGGAAGGAAUUGUCAACUAUAGAAUAUAGGAGCAGAAUUAGGCUAUUCAGCCCAGUGAGUCAGUGCUACUAUUCAAUCAUUCAUUUAUUUAUUGAGAUACAGCAGUGAAUGGGCCCUUCCAGCCCAUUGAGCCAGACCACCCAGCAGGCCCCGAUUUAGGCCUUGCCUAAUCAUGGGAGAAAUUAAAAUGACCAAUUAACCUUUUUUGGACAUUUUUCAACUGUGGGAGGAAAUUGGAAAAAACCCACACACUGCAUUACAAACUCUUUACGGGGGAUGCUGGGAUUGAAAUCCAAACUUUGAUCCCCGAAUGGUAGUCAUGUUGUGCUAACCACUAUGCUACCAUGGUGCCACGUAGCUAAUUUUAUUUCAACCCCAUUUUUUGCCUCCUCUCAGUACCUCUUAACCCCCUGAGCAAUCAAGAGCCUAUCAUUCUCCACCCUAAAAGCACCCAGUGAUUCGGCUUCCACUGCCCUCUCUGGCAGUGAAUUCAAAAAGCCCUUAUGCAAGGUUGGGGCCCAAAAUGUUAACAAUAUUUCUUCCCCCCCCCCCAACAGAUGGCCUACUGAGCCCCUCCAGUAGAUUAUUUGGUGCUCCAACAGAGGGUGUUGGCUCUCUCCGAAGGCACUUGGAGACUUGAAGAUUGUGUCUGUUAUUUACAGACUCAGGAGUGAACCUCAUUUAGAAUAGUUAUCAGCUCUCUCCACCUUCACCCUUAUCUUCCUGUUCCUGUCUCCAUUUGCCUUUGUUUUUCCAUUUGUUUUCCUCCACCUAUCACCUAUGUGCCUCUGCCCUGAAACUCCACCCCUUCCCCUCCACUAUAUUGGCUCAUUUACCCAUCAUCCUUCACCCUUCCUCAGUCCACCUAUCACCUCCUGGCCCCCCUCUCCUCCUUGUACUGGCUCCAUUCCCUCUCCUGAUGAAGGAUUUCUAUGCGAACCAUUGACAAAUCCAUUUCCCCUCCAACAGAUGCUGCUCUACCCAUUGAGUUCCUUCAGCAGAUUGUUUGUUGUUCAGAUUCCAGUGUCUGCAGUGUCUUGUGCAUCCAUGUCUAGAAUUUGUACUGAGUUGUCUCCAAGGUUAGCUCCAGCCCUCGGGAAGGCUGACUUGGUACCAAGUGGGGAACUCUUGCUCCUCAGUUCCCAUGUCAGAUUGAAGGCUUGGAGUUUGAGAAUAAAUCCAAUAGAUGGCCUAAUCCUGUUGGAUUGAGUUGAAAUAUCCCACUUGACCUUGCCAACCUGGGAGAUGGGGAGAUGCUGGUGACAGAAUGGUGUGGCAGUUAGUGCUGCUGCCUUACAGCUCCAGUGACCUAGGUUCAAUUGUGAUAAUCGACAUGGAGUUUGCUCAUCCUCCCUGUGAUCACCUGGGUUUGCCCUUCAGAGAAUAUAGAGCACUACAGGUUCUUUGUCCCAUGAUGUUGUGCCAAAUUUACAACUUCCACUAAGGUAAUCUAACCCUUCCCUCCUACAUAAUUCUCAAUUUUACUAUCAUCUAUGUGCCUAUCUAAGAGUUUCUUAACUGUUCUUAAUAUAUCUGCCUCUACCAUCACUCCUGAUGGGGGGAUUUCACACACCCACCACUCUGUGUUAAAAAAAAACCUACCUCUGACAUUUCCCCUCAUACUUUCCUCCAAUCACCUUAAAAUUAUGUCCUCUGGUAUUAGCCAUUUCCUGGGACAAGUUUCUGGCUAUCCAUUCAAUCUAUGCCUCUUAUCAUCCUGUACACCUCAAUCAAGUCACUUCUCAUCCUCCUUGUGCUCCAAAGAGAAAAGUCCUAUCUCAUUCAACCUAUCCUCAAAAACCCUUCAGUUCACUGUUUCCUCCCACAUAUGAAAGGUGCUGCGGGUAGGUUAACUUGCCACUGGGAGUUGUCCCUGUUGUUAGUGAAGUAGCCAGGAAACUAGGGUGGUGGGCUGAGGAGUUAAUGGACGUGUGAGAGACAGCAGAAAAAAGUGGGAGAAUAGUCCUUUCUAGCCACAAAAAUUUUAUGAAAAAGCAGCCCCACAAACUUGAGUUCAUUAUCUUGCCAAUUUGUUAAAAGUUCUUCCAAAUUGGGUUAAAAUUACUUCCUUCCAAAUCCACUGAUCUCAUUUAUUGCCUCCAACUUUAAGGACUUCUAGCAAAGUGGUAUGAUGGGCUUUGAUAUUUAUGUAAUCAUUUCCUUAGUACCUUCUGUAUUCGAGAGGGUUGCAUCAGAUGAAACAUUGGGCAAUGCUAGAUAUUCUGUGUGUGUGUGAGAGAGAAAUGGGUUGAAUAGGCUUCUUGUUUUCCACUUGGACAAUCUGGGUGUAUCGAGGCUGUAUGCCAGAGCCAGUUAGGUCAAACUAUUUCCCACCCUCCUCAGUCACCAUCUCACAUGCUCACUGUACAAAAGGGUCCAAGCUGGGCCUCUGGUGUUUUCUGUCCUGCCUCCUACCUCAGGCUCAGGGUUUGGGAUUGGACAGGUUCCAGACAGUCUUGGGCUGCAAGGCUUUUGAGCAGAGUAGGCUACAGAUUAGGCUGGUGGGAGUGGGGCUACAGACAAAGUAACAGAAUUAGGGCAACAAUAUUUGAUUGGUUGCCAUCAAGAACCCCUCACACCCACAACUCCCCUGGUCCACUCUUCCACCCACUGUAUUUCCCUCAUUAGGUUUGUUCCAACCUUGCCAAACACUUGCACAGGACUCUGGCCAUUCUGACUGACUGCCCUGUCUGGAUUUAAGGUGCCCUCUCCAGAAAGUGAUUAACCAUGGCCAUAUGGGACAGAGGAGCUCUUCAGUCAGAAGAACGUUGUUGUGAAUUCAGACAGUUCCCAGAUUUCUCUCCGAUCUCAGCCGUAUCCUUCAUGGUUGUGGGACCAAAUAAUUGGAUGGAGUGGAGUCAUGCAGUCAAAAUCCAUAGCCAGGGUGUACCGCCAUAAUUUUCUCUCAGCUGCCAUGUCUCCUCACAUGGAAUCUUCUCCGAGAAUGUUUACCAGUUGGUAAGAUAGAAGCAACGAUCAAUGCAAACUAAACAUUAAAUUUGAAACCUACUUUCUGUUAAACAACUAUGCUACGGAAAUAUUCUUUGCCAUGUCUCCUCUGAAGAGUGAGGGGAAACAUUUUUAAGUUUUUGUAAAUAGUUUAAAUAGUACAAUUCAAUGUACUUGAAUCUGUUGCACGCUCCAAUGCAGUUGUGAAAUGUAGACGUAGCAUUCUCUUUCAAGAAGUUGGUUACUUAUCCUUGGGGGGGGCGGGGGAUGUGGAGGGGGGAAUCGACCACCUUUCUUCUUCUGGUGAAAAUGUGACUCCAGAAUCAACAGUGUGUGGUUGACAUCUUAACUUCCUCAAUUUAGAAGCAAUAAGGCUUAGACACUAAAUAAAGAUGCUGCAAUGUCAGGUAUUUAAUAAUCUUAUCCUUGUCACCAGUCUUCAGCUUCUAUUGUUUGUUUAAUAACUAAUGUUUAUAGGAUCUGGGCAUCAGUGAUAUAACCAGCAUUUGUUGUCGUAGAGUCAUAGAAACAUACAACACAGAAACAGGUUCUUAGGCCCAUCUAGUCCAUGUCAAAACAUUUAAACAGCCUACUCCCAUCAACGCAUUGGAAACACGGGCCUCCAUUCCCCUACCAAAUCAUGUCUGUAUCCAACCUUCUCAUAAAUGCUGAAAUGGAGUUCACCUGCACUGCUUGUGCAGGUAGCUCAUUCCACACUCUCACAACCCUUUGAGUGAGGAAGCUUACCCUCAUGUUCCCUUUAACCCAUGACCUCCAGUUGUGGUCACAUCCGUCCUCAGUGGAAAAAGCCUGCUUUCAUUUACCCUGUCUAUACCCCUCAUAAUUUUGCAUAGCUCUAUUAAAUCUCCUCUUAAUAUUCAAUGUUCUUCUCUCUUUCCCUAAAUACCCUUAAACUGAGGAGGCAAUUAUAAGACAAUAAGAAUAUACUCAAUGAUUUGUCCACGACAACCAUCUGUGGCAAUGAAUUCCACAGAUUCACCACCCUCUGGAUGAAGAAAUUCCAUCUCAUCUCUGUUCUGAAGGGACACCCUUGAAUUCUUGGGCUGUGCUCUCUAGUCCUAGAAGAAAUAGCUGUGUGUCAGCUGAAGAAUCUGAUUUCCCAAACCAGUGGACCGAGGGACCAUAAGACAUAGAUGCAGAAUUAGGCCAUUUGGCCUAAUGCAAAUAAUGGGAUUAACACUGGCUGGCAUGGACAGGAUGGACUGAAAGAGCCCAUUAUUGUGCUGUAUGUUUCUGUGAAUCAUAAGACAUCAGAGCAGAAUUAGAUUAUUUGGCCUAUCAAGUCUGCUCUGCCAUUCCAUCAUGGCUGAUUAAUUAUCCCUGAAAACCCCAUUAUCCUGCAUUCUGCCUAUAACUUUUGAUGACCUGACUAAUCAAGAACCUGUCAACUUCCACUUUAGAUAUAGCAGAUGACUUGGCCUCCACAGAUGUCUGUGGUGAUGUAUUCCACAGAGAGGUCACCUGACUAAAGAAAUAUCUCUUCAUCUCUAUCCUAAAGAGACAUGCUUCUAUUCUGAGGCUGUGCCCCCUGGUUCUAGACUCUCCCACUGUAGGAAACGUCCACUCUAGGCCUUUUAAUAUUCAAUAGAUUUCAAUGAGAUCCACCCUCUGUCUUCUAAACUCCAAUAAGUACAGGCCAAGAGCCAACAAACACUCCUCAUACAUUAACUCUUUCAUUCCUGUGACCCUCCUCUGGUCCCUCACCAAGGCCAUCACAUCCUUUCUUAGAUAAGGGGCCCAAAACUGCUCACAAUACUGAAGGUCCAGUCUGACCAAUCCCUUCUAGAGCCUCAGAAUCUUUGAGUUCCUUGAUGCAAUAAUUAAUCUUCACUUCCUGGACUAUCAGGGAGCCUUAGCUGUCCCAAUGAGACUCAUUAUCCGUUAAUAUACACCAUAUUAUUGCUGCCAAUUCAGUCGACCGAUACUAUCACAACAGUAGCUUAAUUCUUUGAAAGCUGAUGGGUUUACAACUGCAUUUGAGAGUUGAACCACCUUCCUCAUCCACAGGCUGUGCACUAAAAAUGGGGCAGCAUGGACAGUAUUGUGAGAUUAUGCUUGCUCCUUUGAAAAAUAAGCUAGACUUUCAGAGAUUUACAGGUGUUUAGAGUUGUUUAAAAUUUGCAUUGUGUCACCAAUCAGCUGGCAUCAACCCGGCUACAAAUUGCACCCUAUUAUUAGGCAGUAUUUCUGUACAAUAUAAUGUCUUAAUGCUCUUUGAAAUGUCAAAGUUUUAGUAUAUUGGUUCACUAUGAAGAGCCACUCUCAGGUUGGAGGAGCAACACCUCAUAUUCUGUUUGGGUAGCCUCCAACUGAAUGAGCAGUGAUUUCUCCAACUUCAAAUAAUUUCUCCCUCUCCCCUUUUCCAUUCCCCAAUCUGGUUCCCUUUUUACCCCUUCUCUUCUCCUCACCUACCCAUCACCUCCUCCUGGUACCAUCCUCCUUCCCUUUCUCCCACGGUCCUCUGUCAUCUCCUAUUAGAUUCUUUCUUAAAUACUUCACAUUUUUCCACCUGUCACCUCCCAGAUUCUCAGAUCACCCCCUAACCACCCAUCUUCCCCCUCACCCUGCUGUCACCUAUCACCUUCCAGUUUGUAAUCCUGCCCUUGCCCCCUUCUUACUCUGAUUUCCUCCCCCUUCCUUUUCAGUCCUGAUGAAGGGUCUCUGCGUAGAAUAUCGAAUGUUUAUCCUUUUCCAUGGAUGCUGCCCGACCUGCUGAGUUCCUCCAGCAUUUUCUGUGUAUUACUCUCAGUAUAAAACAGGCUGCUGGGAAUGAAUGUAUGUGCUGAUACUGGUCAGUUUUAUUUUCUUUGCUUAUAAUG